AUGAGAUGGUUUGUGAUUCCUUCUCUUCUCCCUGCCAUCGUUCUGUUGAUCAAUUCACUUAGCCUACCAGUUCACGGCCGAUUCCCAGAGACAACUACCAGUUCGAGAAUCGGCUCGAAUAUCUCGGCAUUGUAUGUGUUGGGUGAUUCUUCUGUUGAUUGCGGAAACAACACUUUGUUCUAUCCCCUGCUUCAUUCUCGUUUCUCUCUUUAUCCCUGUGAUGGCUCCGAUGCCUCUCUUCUUCCUCAAUUACUCGGGGAAAAAAUGGGAUUGCCAUUAAUCCGUCCGUUUUAUACUCAAAAUGGGUCUCUGAAUGAGGUUAUUAGAGGCCUCAACUUUGGGUCGACACAGGCAACAAUCAUGAGCAGAAGGGGCAGACAGAGCCACCAGUCUCUCACUCAACAACUCCGUCAAGUUUCUGAGACUUUACAGCUCUUGCAGCUUCAUCUUAGAGAGGACACUGCUCUUCAAUUCACAAAGUCUUCCAUCUUCAUCCUCUCUUUUGGAAAAGAAGAUUAUACUGAUCUCCUCCUCCGUAACAUCUCCAGCAAAACGUUAGAUUACGAUGUCCACGACUUUGCCACCAUUUUGGUCAAUCAAGUGACGAGUGCUAUGAGAUAUCUUUAUGACGUAAAUGCAAGGAAGAUCAUAUGCUUGGGAAUAUUACCUUUGGGAUUCACCCCACGUGUGGCCUGGACCUGUAAUAAGGCAUCAUCAGCACGAGAUGAUGAUCAUGGCAAGGGUUGUGUGGAUUAUGCCAAUAAGUUGGUCUUGGAAUACAACGAAUUGCUUGCUAAGCAUACAGAGGAGCUUAAUAAGGAGUUAACUGAUGCCCAGAUUGUGUUCUGUGACGUAUACAAAGGACUGAUGGAGAUCAUGAGCAAGCGAAAUCUUUAUGGUUUUGAGGACACAAAUAGUGCAUGUUGUGGGCUUGGCUUGUACAAUGCUACGGUUGGGUGUAUCUCCAUGGACACAGCCUGUGACCAAGCUUCAAAACAUGUUUGGUGGGACUUGCUCAGCCCCACAUCUGCCGUGAACUCCAUCCUGGCUAAUGCAGCCUGGUCUGGCCGACCCUUCUCUGGCCUUUGCCACCCUAUCACUAUCCAUGAACUAGUCACCAAGGUCUAAAGCAUCUUGCUAGAGAAAUCAGAGCAUAUCCAUUUCCAUUAUUGUAAUGUGAAUAUAAAUUUUGAAUGAGUAGAUCUUAUCUUCCCAUCCCCUCUUUUUUAUCUUUUCUAAACUAACCUUAAAAUUUCCUUUUCAGAUUGUUAUUUGCAUGCAGUUUUUAUGUUGCAGAACAUUUUCAAAUUUAGCCUCCCUUACGACAAUGGAAGCCCUUUAA